CUCUCUCUCUCUCUCUCACUCUCUCUCUCUGGCUUCGAACCGUCCUCCCUCAGCUUCGAAGGCAUCGAUUGACACAGCAGAAAGGGUUAUGUUGAUCAUCGUCGAUCUAAAAUGGUUCGGUGGUUGUGGAGUAGGACAGGAUGCUCUCGUUUGCUCUAUGGAUGUGAGAUGGGAUUUAAUCGCCAGCAGAAAGCCAGUCUGGUGAAUGUAAGGUUAAAAUGGGUGAAAGAUAGGGUAUUGGAUGCUGUUGUGGCAGGUGAUAGGGAUCUAAGAGCUGCCAGCACUCUUGUUUCCAUAAUAUCUGCGAAUCCUCAUUGUUGCCUCCCAGUUUACCACCUCUCCCACCAAAGAGGGCAACUCAGUCUCCCCCACGAUCUUAAGAUUUCCACUUUUAUGAGGAGAUAUCCCACUAUUUUCGAUGAGUUUCAUGUUCGUGACAGUGGAGGUACUAGAGUUCCCUGGUUCCGCUUGACUCCUAAAGCACUAGAUCUCCAUCAAGAAGAACUCGGUAUCUACCAAAAUUGUGAGAUGGAUCUUCUUGACAGGCUCCGCAAGCUGCUCAUGCUCACCAAAGAUAGAAUUCUUCCUCUACAGACGAUUGACCAGCUAAAAUGGGACAUUGGUUUGCCAUUUGAUUUCCCUCAUUCAUUGAUUCCCCAUCACCCAGAUAUAUUUUCUUUGAUUCACCUACCUGAUAAUCGUGUUGGCUUGAAACUCCUAUCCUGGGAUGUUAACCUUGCUGUGUCUCAAUUGGAAAAGAGUGCUGCUUUGCAGCAAAGGGAAAAAGAUGUUGAAAAUGGCAGCUUAGCAUUUCCAAUUGGAUUCACAAGGGGUUUCGGAUUGAAGAGAAAAUGCAUGGUGUGGUUAGAAGAGUGGCAGAGGCUCCCUUAUACUUCUCCUUUUUCAGAUGCCUCUCACUUAGAUCCACGUACAGAUGUAACUGAGAAGAGAAUUGUUGGUGUCUUUCAUGAGCUUCUCCACCUCACCAUACAAAAGAAAACAGAGCGCAAGAAUGUGAGCAAUCUCCGUAAACCACUGGCCUUGCCACAGAAGUUCACGAAGGUGUUCGAACGCCAUCCUGGCAUAUUCUACAUUUCUAAGAAGUGUGACACCCAAACUGUUGUUCUUAGGGAAGCUUACGACCAUCAUCAACUAAUCCAGAGACACCCCCUUGUUGACAACAGGGAAAAGUUUGAAAGUAUGAUGAAGGAAGGGUUUCUGGAUAGGAGCAGGGGCUUAUACAAGAGAAACAGAGAUGCUGUUGUUGAGGAGGAUCGAUUUAGGAAUGUUUUUAGUAAUGAACUCAGUGACAAUGGAUUCAAAAAUGAAGGAGAAUCAGAUGAUUCAGAUUGUAAUUUUCUUUCAGAAUAUGAAUCAGAUGAAACCAUAGAUGAUCCUUGCUAAAUUCAGCAGAUGCUUUUAGCAGUUAGCUCAAAUCUCCGCGGCAACGUGAGACAACUAAUGGAAAAGGUAUUCCCUGGUAACCUAAUCCUAUCCUGCCAAAUAUUAAUAGAAUUUGGGAGUAAUCUUUUACAAGAUGAGUUUGUGAUGAUUGUCUUUAGCAUCAUGACGAAGCAGGAAACAACUUGUUUUGACGGAGGAGAGAGAACUAGGAGAAGAGAAUUAUUUUAGAAGUACUGCAUCUGAUUUUGAUUGUAUCUCAGAUCUGGUUUUUCUCAUAAAGUCAACCAUUUUAGUUGAAGAACUGAAUCUAUAGAUCAACUGGAAGAUGUUA